AUGGCGCAGGUCCCGGUCGCCGAGGCCAUGGGCAUUGUGCGCACGCUCGUCGCAAAGCAGCGGCAUACGCGCGCCCACUUGCGUCGCAUGUCGGCGCCCGAGCUCGAGCACAUCGGAGCGCCAUGCACGGGGGCCACACGCGACCGCGUCGUGCAAGUGCUGCAGGGCCUGGCGCGCGCGGACGAGGCGGGCGGCCUGACGGAGGCGGAGCGAGCGAGUCAGCAGCAGCGCCUGCGCGAGGACGUGCAGCUGCGGCGCGAAUGGGGCAACGCGUCGAAGGAGACCGCCGUGGGCGACGACGACGAGAGCGACGACGUCUUUGAUUUUCACGCCGUCCUGGACGAGCCGGCGCUCCGUGGGCGGCACGUCCUGGUCAACCGUGCGCCGGUGAUGACGGCCUGGGCGGUGGUCGUGCUCCAGUGCCUGGGCUUCCAGGUGCAGGAGGCGCUCAGCCUCGCGCACUGCUACGUGAGUACGACGGCCGAGGCGCGGGCGCAGACGCUCCGGCUGCCGACCCCGGCGCCGGCGCACGUCACCAGUGCGAACCAGCCGCAUGUGGACUUUCUGCAGGUGUGCAUCCCCGUCAUCCAGCUGCGGCACGGGCAGUACCGCGGCCUGCACGCCGGCGAGGUGGUGCCUCCCACGCGCGCGUUUGACUACCUGCGGCGCUCCAUGUUCCAGAUGCUCCCGCAUGUGAUGGGCGCACUGACCCUGCUGGCGAAUGCGUACAUGGGGCCCCACAACGACGCCGACGCCCUGCAGCGCCAGGCGUAUGCGCUGCGCCGCCCAGGCCGCCGGCGCACGCGAGGCGUCUCCGUCCGAGUCCUCCGAGGUUGA